AGACACUCCAACAGAGACUACCAACAACUAAAACGACCCUAUAAGACACCGGAUUGUUAGACUCGCCGGAAAUCUGCCAGCGAUGAAGGUCAAGAUCAAGAGGUGGAACGCGGUCGCGACAUGGCGAUGGGAUCUUCCCGAAGAUGAUCUUUGCGGUAUCUGCCAGAACCCCUUUGACAACACAUGCCCUGCCUGCAAAUAUCCCGGCGAUGACUGCAUCCUUUUAUCUGGAAAAUGCGGCCAUAACUUUCACAUGCACUGCAUUCUGGAGUGGAUGAAGCAAGACUCAGCCAAGGGACAAUGUCCGAUGUGUCGACAGAGGUUUGAAUGGGCCGACCAAACGAACCAGACGAUGAGGGAUGCAGCACAGGCUUUGGCCAGUGUGUAGGUUAUCGACUUGUCGGUGCCAUGCUAAGUUCUACCUUGGGGCAUUUUGCAUUGGGCGGCGUUGAAGGAAGUACUUCUAUAUGGUUUUCAUGCUUUCUUCCUCGCCGGUAACAUGUACAUAUUUACAUCCAUUUCGGGGUGAGGCUGAUAAACUCCUAUCAUCCCAAGAAUACACUGUUUUCAGCUGCCCC